AUGCAGUUCUUCACCACCGCCCAAGCCGCCGUCCUGUUCGGCCUGGCCCUGGCGAGCCCCGCGCACCCCCCGAUCUACGGCGCCGCCAGGCCCAGCAAACGCGAGAACGUACCCGACUGCCCUGCCAGCUACAGCCGGGUCUCUCUGGAGGACUGCAACAGCUUCUGCAGGAGCAUACCCAACGGGGGGGACUGCGAGCAAUGGGGCGCGGUCGACAGCCAUAUGUGGUGGUGUCCUGAUUGGCCUACCGACUGCGAGUUAGAGCUAUAA